UCUGAUCUGGUCAAUAAUCUGUUUCAUGUUUAUUUUGAUGUUGUCAUGUUGAGGGUGAACUCACUGCUGGAUGAGCUCAUGUUUAUACUGAGCUGGAUGUGAAUCUGCAGAGAUGCACUGCUGUUUGAGCAAACGUUCAGUCGUGAGACUCAUUGUGUCUCGUUUGGUUUUUCUCAGACUUGACGGCGGAGGAGCAGAUGGAGAUCGAAUGGCUGAAGAUGCACAAGCAGAUCCUGCUGGAGGACAUUGAGAAACUAAAGAACCAGAUUGAAAACGUCAUGGCAGAUAUCCAGGAUUUCAAAUCAGCAGAAGACAAUAAGAUGCUGGAGAGGGAGAAACGCUUCUGUAGCGGCAAGAAGAAAUUCAACAUGGAUCCUAAAAAGGGAAUCAAGUAUCUGGUGGAUAAUGAGCUUCUGGACUGGAAACCAGAACGAGUGGCCGAGUUUCUGUAUAAAGAGGAAGGACUGAAUAAGACCGCCAUCGGAGACUUCCUGGGAGAGAGGGAGGACAUGCACCUGAAGAUCCUCAAAGCGUUCGUGGAGCUGCACGAGUUUUCAGAUCUGAACCUGGUCCAGGCGUUACGGCAGUUCUUGUGGAGUUUCCGUCUGCCGGGUGAAGCUCAGAAGAUCGACCGCAUGAUGGAGGCCUUCGCCACGCGCUACUGUAACUGCAACACCAACGUCUUCCAGUCCACAGACACGUGUUACAUCCUGUCGUUUGCCAUCAUCAUGUUGAACACGAGUCUGCACAAUCCCAACGUAAAGGACAAGACCUCGCUCGAGAGAUUCAUCAGCAUGAACCGAGGCAUUAACAAUGGACAAGACCUACCCAACGAGCUUCUGACGAAUCUGUACAACAGCAUACGCAACGAACCCUUCAAAAUCCCAGAGGAUGAUGGGAAUGAUCUGACGCACACCUUCUUCAACCCGGAGCGAGAGGGAUGGCUGCUCAAACUGGGCGGUCGUGUGAAGACGUGGAAGAGACGCUGGUUCAUCCUGACUGAUAACUGUCUGUAUUAUUUUGAAUAUACCACGGACAAAGAGCCGCGAGGCAUCAUUCCUCUGGAGAAUCUGUGUGUGAGGGAAGUCAUGUUUCCACGCAAACCGUAUUGUUUGGAGCUGUAUAACCCCAACAGCCAGGGUCAGAAGAUCAAGGCGUGUAAGACGGAGACGGAUGGACGUGUGGUGGAAGGGAAGCAUCAGUCGUACACCAUCUGUGCGGCUUCAGCUGAAGAGAGAGACGAGUGGAUCGAGUCCAUCAGGGCCAGCAUCACGAAAGACCCCUUCUAUGAUCUAGUGUCCACCCGCAAAAAGAAAGUCAUCAACACAGUGGCAGAGAACUAAUGAAACAACUGGAAUACAACCACAAACAAACAAAUCUAAAAGAGGGCACUGCUUAUUUAUUAAAGCUCAGGAGAUCAGCUCUGUCACAGACGUUUAGUCAAUAGUUGUAAGUAUAAACCAAUGAAAUGAAUGUGAAGCAGCUCUGAACAUUUGAAGAGACUGUUAAGUUCAUAUUGAGAUAAUUUGAGACAUUAUUGAGAUCUUUUCUGAAAGAAUCACAGCCUGUUGAUUUUAACGUCGUUUCUCAGAGGUUUCUGUCUCUAGCUCAGGAAAUGUAAGAAGUAUUAACUUGGUCUCAGAGUUUGCUCCUGAAAUUCAUCAACAAAAGUAAAAAUAGGGCCAAAUGAGUCGCUAGUUCUCUUCCAGCAAGACAUCAUCUGAUGGGACAUUAUUGGGAUGUUUUCUGAUGUUUUACUGGUGUUUUUUUUGGAAGUGAAUGUAUAUUCGACCUCAUGAAGAGACACUGAGAUUGGGAACAUGUUUCUGAAUCCAUUCCAGAAAGCGGCAGCGAUGUCUGACGCUCCAGAGAUUCCCCUUAAACACAUUCAGGACAAACUGUGGCAAAUGUUUUUUUUUUCAUGUAAAAUACUUUUGUAAAUAUUAUAGAUCACACAGUGUUACAGAUUAUAUGUGAUGAACUAUACAUUAGAUUAUUUAAUUAGUUAUUUGAGACUAAAUGUAAUGCGAUGCUUGUUGUUAAUAAACCUAGUUUGAGCAGAAACACA